AUGGGCUCCACUGUCGCUACACCAAGUAUGAGAGUCCUUGUCUGUCCAUCUGGCUUCAAGGGCAGCCUUCAGCCCAAUGAGGCUGCAGACUGUAUUGAAGCCGGGAUCCUCGCUGUUGAACCUAAUGCCUCGGUCCGCAAAGUUCCAUUGGUUGAUGGAGGCGAAGGUUUCACACAGGCCAUUGUCACAGCUACAGGCGGCUCAUUGCACCGCGUACACGUGGUCGGACCCGUGGGAGAACAAGUCACGUCAUUCUUUGGUCUCCUUGGUCGCGAAGACGAUGAGCCAACCACGGCCGUCCUGGAAAUGGCUGCUGCUGCUGGCCUGAGCUUAGUCCCGCCCAAUCGUCGCAAUCCAGGCAAGACAACAACAUUUGGUGUUGGUCAACUCGUCCUUGCUGCGCUUGAUGCUGGAGCUACGCGCAUUCUGGUUGGAUGCGGUGACUCUGGGACGUGUGAUGGCGGCGCGGGGAUGCUCCAAGCUCUCGGUGCAAGACUGGUUGAUGUCCAAGGACGUGUCCUCCCCUUGGGUGCUGGUGGCGAGUCACUCUUGGAACUUGGUUCUAUUGACCUCACUAGAGUCGACGAGCGCGUCUUCAAAGCCAAAAUUGACGUCGCUGUGAAUUGGCAUAACGUACUUUGCGGACCCGGCGGAGUGGCAAAUGUCUUCGGUCCCCAGAAAGGAUCAACCACAGAGCAAGCCGCUCGCCUCAGUCUCGCCAUGGAAAAUUUGGCAGACGUUGCUACAGGUAUUCUCUGCGACAAAAAUGUCCGACUUUCUCCUGGAGGCGGUGCCUCGGGAGGUCUUGGAACAGGCUUGCGCUUGGUAGGAGCUACACUCAGACCCAGAUAUGAGGUUAUUAUGCAGUACAUCAACUUGCACAGUAUCUUUGAAGACUGCGAUCUUGUACUUACUGCAGAGGGGGGAAUUGACGAUCAAACGCCGAGGGGAAAGAUCCCCGCAGAAGUGGCCAGAUUGGCAAAGAACCAUGGACUUCCUGUGAUUGCCAUCGCGGGUACGAUUGGGCAUGGAGCCAGAGUGAACUAUGACAUUGGGAUUGAUGCUUUCACCUGUAUCAUACAGCGACCAAUGAGUUUGGAUGAUGCGGUUUUGGAAGCGGAGAAAUUAACCCGUGAGAGUGCUGAGACUGUCAUGAGAAUUGUUAUGGUUGGGCGGAUGCUAGGCAAAUCCCCUUGA